AUGGGAACACUCUGUGCCAAAGAAGAAAAACAAAUUAAUCAGAAUGAAGUGCAAGAAAUCAAUAUUAGAAAUUCUAAAAUGCCCUAAGAGAAAAUAAAUUUGGAACAUUUUGAGUUUAUUAAGUGCAUAGGAACUGGGUCCUUUGGCAAAGUGUACUUGGUUAAAAAGAAAUAAACAGAAGAUUUAUAUGCAAUGAAAAUACUUAGAAAGGAUUAAAUUAAAAACAAAACUUAAUUAAUCUAAACAAAGGCUGAAAGAUAUAUUUUAGAAAAUGUCGACUCUCCCUUUGUCGUUCAACUUGCCUAUGCAUUUUAAAGUCAAACCAAGCUCUAUAUCGUUAUGGAAUUCUGUCAAGGAGGUGAUAUUUUUGGACACAUGGUCAAACAGCCAUUCUUCCCUGAAAACAAAAUAAAAUUCUAUGCUGCUGAGAUAUUUUUAGCCUUAGAAAAAUUGCACGAAUAAGGGAUUGUUUACAGAGAUUUGAAACCAGAAAACAUCUUGGUUUCAGCAACUGGUCAUAUAAAACUAACAGAUUUUGGCCUUUCAAAAAAGUUAAAAAGCAGGGAUGAAAUUACUUAUUCAUUUUGUGGAACUGCAGAAUAUAUGGCUCCUGAAAUUAUAUCAAAAUAGGGGCAUGAUGUUGCAAGUGAUUGGUGGAGUUUUGGAGCUGUUUUAUAUGAAAUGCUUCAUGGUGCUCCUCCAUUUUAUGAGAAAAACAAAGAGAGGAUGAUGGAUAAGUUAGUAAAUUAAGAUGUAGUGAUUAAGGAUAAAUAUUCAAAAGAGUGCUAAUCUUUAUUAAGAGGAUUACUUACAAGAGAUAAAACAAAAAGAUUAGGAAAUGGACCUGAAGGUACUUAAGAAAUUAGAAAUCAUCCAUUCUUUAAUAAUGUGGACUGGGAUAAAUUCUUAAGACUAGAAGUUUAGCCUCCUUACAUUCCCAAAGUUUCUGAUAAAUAUGAUUUGAGAAAUAUUGAUAAUAAUUUCUUGAAAAUGGACAGUAAAGACACUCCAGGUGACAUGGUAGGAAGUGCCCUAAAGUUUUCUAAGAAAAAUGAAUUUAAUGGUUUUACUUAUGAAAGAGGACUUGAAAGAAGCUACUAAGAAAAUAGCCUGGCUGAUGAAUCUAUUUUUUAGGAAAAUCCAAAUUUCAUUCUUAAAUGA